AUGGCUGUAAAUGGAAAAGAUAUAUCAGAGCCUAUAGUGCCUCCUUCCUCAUUAAUACGUCGUGUGAGCUCUCGUUCAAUAAGAAACUCUAUUUCGGAAGACAAAGAAAAUGGUGACGUAUCCCCAAAAGGUUCAUUCAUAAACAAAUACAAGAAAACUCCAGAAGCCUUGAAGAAUUUCCACAUUAAUGAUGAGAGCGAAUUAGAAGUACCUGGUACACCGAUGACGCCGCGUACAUCCACAACGCCUGGUCAUGAGAAAUGUACCUUCCACCACGACCUGGAGUUGGAUCACCGACCACCCACCAGGGAAGCUCUUCUUCCAGACAUGGCCAGCUCUUACAGACUUCUACUUACCGGUUUAGGUGAAGAUCCUAAGAGACAGGGUCUCCUCAAAACACCAGAAAGAGCAGCUAAAGCCAUGUUAUUCUUCACAAAAGGCUACGACCAGAGCUUAGAAGAGGUGUUAAACAACGCCAUUUUCGAUGAAGACACAGAUGAAAUGGUUGUCGUGAAAGAUAUAGAAAUGUUUUCUAUGUGCGAGCACCAUUUAGUGCCGUUCUACGGAAAAGUUUCCAUCGGAUAUCUGCCUCAGGGCAAAAUCCUUGGAUUGAGCAAGUUGGCCAGGAUCGUAGAGAUAUAUUCCCGUCGCCUCCAAGUGCAAGAGCGUUUGACAAAACAGAUAGCGCUUGCAGUCACACAAGCGGUGAGACCAGCGGGAGUCGCUGUCGUAGUAGAAGGAGUUCACAUGUGUAUGGUGAUGAGAGGUGUUCAGAAGAUUAACAGUAAGACGGUGACAUCCACGAUGUUGGGUGUCUUCCGUGACGAUCCGAAGACCAGGGAGGAAUUCCUCAACUUGGUGCACUUCAAGUGA